AUGACAGCGCGUAGCAACCAAUCAUCGGUGGCUUCUUUAUCACUCGUCGUAGCCCGUACGAUUCGCCGUAAAGCGUUCCCCCUCUGUCGUAUUCGCAGCGAAUAUAAGCCCUUACCCUGCCGUCCGAUGAGCACUGACCGGACGACGACGCAAACAACUCCACCCUCAUCUUCCCCAACAUCAUAUCCUUGGCUAAUGCUCCCCCCCGUCUUGGAAUCCGACUCCACCACCACCGCGGCUUACAAAUUCUACAGCCUGGCCGAGAAUCGGGUCGUAACCCUAACCUGCGAAGGUGCGGCCCGAGAAGUCACCGGCAGCGGUGACGUGAUGCACUUCCGGGGCUCCUCCCACGGCUGGGUCGCCCUUUGGAACCCCCGCACCCACGAUCUGUUCCUCUACAACCCCAUCUCCCGGCGCCACAUAACCCUUACCCCAUUUCACCAACUCCCGAAUUACAACCACAGACAGGAUUACGACCCGUUUCGCGUGGAGAAGAUCAUCCUCUUCUCCUCCCCAGACGAUGAAACCUGCCGGGCCGUGAUUAUCUACAAAUUGGAGGGAAUGAUGGGCCGAAUACCGAAUGAGUCUACGCGGGUUUCCCCAGUGGGCCCACAAGCGCAUGACUCGGAGGGUGGGGAUCUGGUGAGGUGCUCCUCUCUCGGGAAUUGGGCUGUUUUCGUGGGGAACUGCAGCCACGCGGUUGCGUUACCUGCGGCCCAGCUGCCUGGGCUCAGGCCCAACUCCAUUUACUUCACGGAUUUGAAAGACACCGAGGUGUUUGAGAAUGAUGAACUGAUCAACGGCCACGAUGUUGGGAUUUUGGAUUACGAGAAGAAGACCGUGUCACCGUGUUAUUAUCCUGUAGAUGCCCGGAGACUCAAGAAGAUUUUCCCAGGGCCUAUGUGGUUCUUCCCCAGCCAAGAGUGA